AUGGCCAGGCCGCUCCCACUGCUGGGGAACUUGCUGCAGCUGGAGUCUGGACGGCUGGACCAUACUCUCAUGGAGGUAGCCCCGAGACUUUCUGGCCGCUGGGGCCCGGUGUUCACAGUGCGGCUGGGCCGGCGCCCUGCAGUGGUUCUCUGCGGCUACUCAGCGCUGCGGGACGCAUUAGUGCUGCAGGCGGAUGCCUUCUCUGGCCGUGGGGCCACGGCUGUGCUCGAACGCUUCACUCGCGGAAACGGCAUCGUCUUUUCUAACGGGCGGCGCUGGCUGACGCUGCGAAAUUUGGCACUGGGAGCACUCAAGGAGUUCCGGCUGGCAGCGCGGACCAUAGAGGAGCGUAUCUUGGAGGAGGCGGAUUGUCUGCUUGGCGAAUUUCAAGACACCAUUGGAGCACCGUUUGACCCCCGGCGGCUACUAGAUAAUGCUGUAUCUAAUGUUAUCUGUUUGGUGGUCUUCGGGAACCGCUAUGGCUAUGAGGACCCAGAGUUCCUGAGGCUCCUGGACCUCUUCAAUGACAACUUCCGCAUCAUGAGUUCCAGAUGGGGUGAGAUGUACAAUAUUUUCCCCUCCCUCCUUGACUGGCUCCCGGGUCCACACCACCGAAUCUUUCAAAACUUCACGGAGCUUCAGGUCUUCAUCUCUGAGCAAAUCCAGCAGCACCAACAGACACGGCAGCCAGGGGAGCCCCGCGAUUUCAUCGAUUGCUUCCUCGAUCAGAUGGAGAAGGAACAGAAAGACCCAGAGAGCCAUUUCCAGGAGAUGUUGGUGAUGACCACACACCUUUUCUUUGGCGGCACUGAGACCACAAGCACCACUCUGCGUUACGGGCUCCUUAUUCUGCUUAAGUACCCUGAGGUGGCAGGUCUGACACACGCAGAUCACGCCCUCUGCCAAAGUGCAGUGGUAGGUCGGACACGCACCCCGAGGCUGGAGGACUGCAAGCGCCUGCCCUACACCAACGCGUAGCCCGAGAUCCAGCGCUUCAUCAGCGUGCUGCCGCUGGGGCUGCCACGCGCCCUCACCCGGGACACCCACCUGCGUGGCUACUUUUUGCCCAAGGGCACCUUUGUGAUUCCUCUCCUGGUGUCUUCACACCAGGACCCCACCCAAUUCAAGGACCCAGACUGCUUCAACCCCACCAACUUCCUGGACAAGGGCGAGUUCCAGAGCAGAGAUGCCUUCAUGCCCUUUGCCCCAGGCAAGCGAAUGUGUCUGGGUGCAGGCCUGGCACGGUCCGAGACCUUCCUCUUCCUCACCACCAUCCUGCAGAGCCCCACCAGCAUCGACCUCACCCCGCAGUACACCGGCCUGGGCAAUAUUCCCCCAGCCUUCCAGCUCCGCCUGGUGGCCCGCUGAGGCCAGGCUCAGCUGCCCUCUGCUCACUGGCUCUCAGACCUCCUUACCUGCCUUGGUCAAUAAAGGCCCUGAAUUGCAAA